AUGCCCCGAGGCUGGCAGGACCCCAUCACGUGCCCACUUAAUCGUUCCCCGAGGAGGGUCUGUGGGUCACUCCCCAGAGCCGAGCUGUGUGUGGAAUACCAACAGCAGACUCACUGUGGUCAGGGUCAGAGCUGGAGGAGCAGCCAAGAGCACUCGGCCCACUGGGACUGGCUCACAUUCCUACAACUGUUUUUUAAUUUACUGGACGAGAACCCCUCCCCCUCCACUAACCGGACAGUCAGACACCCGCCCAAGUGUCUGUUUGUGGGGCACACGGGGGUGUCCUGCUCUGGUGGAACUCCCAGAUGGGUUAACCACUGA